GAUAUGAUGACUAUACGGAAGAAAACAAGUUGAACUUUUGAAUAAAAACUCUUCGUCUCUUGGUAUCAUCAUCGUCAUCUCAAAUCGAACAUAGUGAUAGAGAGAGAAGGUCACUCAUAUCAAAAGUUGGAAACUGUUCCAAAUCCUCUCGGAAUGUGGAAGACCACUCGUAUACAUCUCCAUAAAUUUAAUGCGUCUCUGCAGCUCUCCACUCACAGAGAAGCUCAAAAUUUUCACCUGCUUCCGAAUUCCUUCACCCGAUUUACGCCAUGGCUAGUUCGUUGUUUGGCGACUACGAGAAGGUUUGCGGCCGCGCCGACGCUAGAACCAUCGUUUUAGUAGGUAAGAUGGGCAACGGCAAAAGCGCCACCGGGAACAGCCUCAUUGGCCGCGAGGUGUUCGAUUCUAUGCUUAGCUUAGGCGGCGUAACCGCCACUUGCAAACUCGAGACCACCGUCUUAGACGACGGUCGAAUUCUCAACGUCGUAGACACUCCCGGUUUAUUUGACUCUUCUGUGGAACCUAAUGUGAUGGCUAAGGAGAUUGCGAAUUGCAUUAAUCUGGCAAAGGAUGGAAUCCACGCAGUUCUUCUAGUUUUAUCUCUAGGCAGCCGUUUCUCGGAGGAAGAAGCCUCGGCAUUUGAGAGUUUGCGCCAAAUAUUUGGAGGAAAAAUUGCUGAUUAUAUGAUUGUGGUGUUUUCUCACGGUGAUCUUCUAAGAAAGAAUCUGACUCUAGAUCGUUUCUUGGCUAGUAAUUGCCCUAACCAAUUGACGAAAACACUGGCAAUGUGUGGGAAUAGAACUGCUGUGUUCAAUAAUAUGACAGAAGAUGAAGUGAAGAUAAGGAAACAGAGGGAGGAACUUCUCUCUCUUGUAGAGAACGUUGUAGCUGAUAAUGGUGGUAAACCAUACACCAACGAUCUUUUCCAACAGCUCAAGAAAGAUGAGAUUGAUGAAGCUACACAAGGGAAAUCUAGUGAGGAGAAGCCGGGUGGGGAGCAGUUUGAUCGGUUUGUUGAGAUGGUUGAGGUGAGGUUGAAGGAGAGUAUUGCGAAUCUGGAAAAUAUGUUGGCGGAGGAGAGAGCUGCUCGAGCUGCGGCAGAAUUGAAGGUGCUGGAAGCGCAGGCGAAGGCGGAACACGAGGUGCUCGAGUUGAAACAACGUUUGAACAGAGCUGAUGAGUUGAGCAAGGAGCUUCAGGAGAAGCUCAAUCAUAAGCAGUUUUGUGCCAUUAUGUGAUGAAAUAUGUGAUCUUGAUUCAACUGAAACUCAUGCAUAAACUUCACUAAUUAGGGUUUUGGUUUGGUUUCAUUUUUCCAAAUGUGUAUUUCCCUUUCCGGAUUACUCUCGUCUCACUUUCUACCUCCUCCUCGUCUACCACCUUUUUUUUUUCCUUUCA